AUGAAUCGUCCUUUUCUACUCCUUCUCAUAAGUUGCACAAUAUCCGUUCAAGCAAUGUUCAAACCAAUUCGUCAUGUAUAUUACGGUGGAGAUGACAACUGCGAAGAAUCGAAAACAACGACGACGACUUCUGGAGCUUCAACUACAAUGAAAUGGGAAUAUUCCUGUGAGCCUGGAUGGAAAACUUUUCAGAGAACACCUUCUGUUUAUAAUGAUAACACUGGAAUUUUGUGUGUAAAGUUCGUGCCGGCACCUUCAAAGAAAAACAUUUCUAUCAACGAAGCUGAAACACUCUGUAAAGAAAACAACGGAGAAUUGACUGCUUUUGAGAACGAAAACGAACGUUUGGAGAUUCUCGUGGAAGCUCAAAAAUAUAUGAUCAAUGAGCUGGAACGGUCAUCCGGGGCAAUCGCAAUUGCUGGGAAAAGUAUCGCAGAGUGUAAAAGCAUGACUUCAAAACUUCCUGAAAUUUGUUCUGAUAACACGAAAGCCUACACUCUUCCGGAAUCAUCAAAAACGAAUCCACAGCAGAGAAGUGUGGGGGUGUAUUUGGGUGCGUUUUAA